AUGAAAAUGGGCGAUUCGGUAGGUCUCAUCUAUGCAGGCAUUAUCAUAGUUGGCGGUUUCGUUGGUUACUUGAAAGCAGGCAGUACCGCAUCGCUGGCAGCUGGACUUGUUUUUGGAGGUACUGCAGGUUUUGGUGCUCAAUUCAACAACAACUGCAUGCUUUUAGCCGUUAGUUCUGGCCUUACACUGAUAAUGGGCGCUCGUUUCAUCCAGUCUGGUAAAGUUAUGCCUUCUGGAAUAGUUGCAAUUUUGAGCCUUGGUAUGAUAAUUCGAUGCCUUUUGCGUUAUAUCCAUUGA